GCAGGAGGAGGAAGGGCGGAUUCGGAGCGGAGCAGCGCUGCUUCAGUAACCGCUGUUUUCUUUACCUGAUUUUAAUUCUACAGUUUAGUAGCAGCGCGGAGACUCUCCAUACCCCUCCGGAUUAGCGGGAGUGUGGGGGAUGCUGGGGGUGGCAGAAAUGACGGGCAGCAAUAUGGCCAAUGCCCUGGCAAACGCCGCAUGCGAACGGUGCAAAAGCGGCUUUGCCCCGGCAGAGAAGAUCGUGAACAGUAACGGCGAGUUGUACCACGAGCAGUGCUUCGUCUGUGCACAGUGCUUUCAGCAGUUUCCUGAAGGACUUUUCUACGAGUUUGAGGGGAGGAAGUACUGUGAGCAUGAUUUCCAAAUGCUGUUUGCCCCCUGCUGUCACCAGUGUGGAGAGUUCAUCAUUGGCCGUGUGAUUAAAGCCAUGAAUAACAGCUGGCACCCCGACUGCUUCUGCUGUGAUAUCUGUCAGGCUGUGCUCGCUGACGUCGGAUUCGUUAAAAAUGCUGGACGUCAUCUGUGCCGUCCGUGUCAUAACCGGGAGAAAGCUCGUGGUCUGGGGAAGUAUAUCUGUCAGAAGUGCCACGCCAUCAUCGAGGAGCAGCCUCUCAUCUUCAAGAACGAUCCCUAUCAUCCGGACCACUUCAACUGCAGCAACUGUGGGAAGGAGCUGACUGCUGAUGCGCGAGAGCUGAAAGGAGAGCUGUACUGUCUUCCUUGCCACGAUAAAAUGGGCGUGCCGAUCUGUGGAGCGUGCAGACGACCUAUCGAGGGCCGCGUGGUCAACGCCAUGGGCAAGCAGUGGCAUGUUGAACACUUUGUGUGCGCCAAGUGUGAGAAACCUUUCCUGGGUCAUCGUCAUUAUGAGAGGAAGGGUUUGGCGUACUGCGAGACUCACUAUAACCAGCUGUUUGGUGAUGUCUGCUACCACUGCAACCGUGUGAUUGAAGGCGAUGUCGUGUCGGCUCUGAACAAGGCCUGGUGCGUCAACUGCUUCUCCUGCUCCACCUGCAACACCAAGCUCACCCUGAAAAACAAGUUUGUGGAGUUCGAUAUGAAGCCUGUGUGUAAGAAGUGCUACGAGAAGUUUCCCCUGGAGCUGAAGAAGAGGCUGAAGAAGCUGGCCGAGACCGUAGGCCGCAAGUAACCGUCCACGGCCGCGGAGCGACUCACAGAUCACCGUGAAAUUCCUGGUGCUUUAGAGAACCUAUUCAGAGUCCGUGCAUUUCUGUAGUGGAGGUAAAACACACUCGAGCCUUAAGUCCCUCAUGUUACACCUCUCACUUCCUCUUACUUCCUCUCACUUUCCUCCUCUCACUGCUGCACUGCUCUCACCUCACACUUUAACUCUCUCUUAAUUUACCUGAUCCUCCGAGUCUGAGAAGAAGCUGAAGUUAUGGAAGUGGAAGGGUAGAGCUAUUAAAAAGGAUUCGGCUCAUCAGCUCCUCUGUUGCCUUUAUCAUUAUAUUAUUAUGCCUCUUUAUUCAAGGUAUAUAUAUAUAUAUAUAUAUAUAUAUAUAUAUAUA